AACUAAAUAUCAACGAUGGGGAGAAAAAGGGUGAAUAAUUUGACGCGGAGAGAGCAAAAGCAGCGAAACGACGACGACGACGACGACGAUUAUGGCGUCGCGACGGCGAUGACGAAUACGAAAGAAUCGUCUAAGUUGAUUUUGAACAGUCUCUGUUACUCGUGUCGAAUUUGUUACGCUGACGACGUGAGGCGAGAUAAAAACGAAACUGCGAGCGAUUUUCGAUGUGAGAUAUGCGAACGUCUUCAGGGUCGUUGCGUCAACGACGACGACGACGACGACGACGAUCAAGACGACGAUGACUACUACUACUACUACUACUACGACGACGACGACAACGUCGUUGUUGAUGAUUUUUCGGAAAAUAUGGAGGAAAACAUGAAGGAGAAUGAUAAUUAUAACAAGGACGAGGAUUUUGGCGGGAAACGGAGGAGCAGAUUAUUUUCACACCGUUUUUUUAACGCCUCGCCAAAACUCGAACCCCUCGCUAUGGACUGCGGUCGACGUCAAAGCGACGUCGGUCAGUGGCUUAGAUGCGCCUCGAGUGUUGUACGGUGGCGUCGUUUUUUAAAACCAUUUUCAUUUUCAUUUGAGAAUAUUUUUAAACCUUCCUCGUUGACGUCGUCAUCAUCAUCAACGACGACGACGACACGUCGACGAAGUUCCUCAUCAUGUGUAUUAUUCAGCAAUUUAUCAACGAUCAAUAUUACUGCACUUUUUUUCGUCAUUUUAUUAACCGUUAACUUAAAUUCCGCAUCAACAAGUGCUCACAGUGUUUACGAUACUGCAGACAAUCGUCAUUACAAUUCUCACGAUCCUCAUCCUCAACACUUUGACCGUAUCGUCAGGGAUACUUCAUCGUUUUCUUCGUCUGCUGCUUCUGCUUCUUCGUCGUCGUCGAAACGAACCGUCUGUCAGAGCGUCGACGUGAGAAAUAGCGUGAGCCAAUUUUCGCGACUGGAAGGAUGUCGAGUGGUCGAGGGUUUCGUACAAAUACUCUUGAUCGAUCACGCGAACGACACGGCCUACGCAAACCUUACAUUUCCCGACCUCGUCGAAAUCACCGGCUACCUUCUGCUCUACAGAGUGAACGGUCUACGAAGCGUCGGCCAUCUGUUUCCGAAUUUGACCGUAAUCCGGGGACAUUCGUUGUUCAUAAACUACGCCCUCGUCGCCUUCGAGAUGAUGCAUCUGCAGGAAAUCGGUCUUCACUCGCUGACAAAUAUCGUACGCGGUAGCGUGAGAUUUGAAAAGAAUCCGGCACUGUGCUACGUCGAUACAAUCGACUGGGACCUCAUCACCGGCGUUGGAAAGGGCGAACACGUCAUAUCGGGAAAUAAACCAAGAAACGGAUGUCCGGUUUGCGAGAAACACUGUCCAACCCGAUCGACCAAAAAGGAUGAAACCUUGUGCUGGAACAGACAGUAUUGUCAACAUGUUUGCGACAAGUCAUGCGGAGGCUCUGCGUGCAACAACAGCAUGCCUGGGUUAUGCUGUCAUUCUACGUGUCUCGGAAGCUGUACUGGAAUAGGAUCUCAGGAUUGUGCCGUGUGUCGAGACGUGAUAGUCGAUGGAAAUCGUUGCGCUCACAGCUGUCCGGAAAAUACCUACAUGUUUUUGAACCGUCGUUGCGUACAGGAGAACGAAUGCAGGAAGAUGAAGAAGCCGCGUGAGGCGUUUGACAUAGUCAAGGAGAAUCCAUACAAGCCGUUCAAUAACACUUGCGUGAUCGAAUGCCCUGCAGGCUACAUGGACGAGGAAGUGAAUGGUAAAGCGACGUGCAAGAAGUGCAAUGGAUUGUGUUUGAAGGAGUGCAGCGGGGCUAAUGUUGACAGUAUUGCAUCGGCCCAAAAACUUCGCGGUUGUACUCACAUAACUGGCAGCUUGGAAAUACAGAUAAGGGGAGGUAAAAAUAUCGUCAAAGAAUUGGAGGACAGCUUGAGUAUGAUCGAGGAGAUUGACGGGUAUUUGAAAAUCGUUCGCAGUUUCCCACUGAUAUCGUUGAAUUUUUUGAAAAAUCUACAUACCAUUCACGGCAAAGAACUAGAGAGCGGAAAGUACACCCUUGUCGUACUAGAUAAUCAAAAUCUCCAGGAACUCUGGGACAUGGAGUCUCACAAGUCGAUGAGAAUCAGUGCCCACAGCGGACCCGUCAGAGUUUUCUUUCACUUUAAUCCAAAACUCUGCUUGGACACUAUAGAAAAGUUUCGCAAAGUUGCUGGUCUGCCUGAGUUCUCGGAUCUGGAGGUCGCCCCUAACAGCAAUGGCGACAAGGUCGCCUGCAACGUGACCAAACUUCACACUCGGGUUCAAAAGAAAACAUCGAACGCUGCCCUGAUAGCGUGGGAACCGUUUAUUCACCACGAUCCUAGGUCACUACUUGGGUAUGUCGUGUACUUUAUCGAGGCACCAAACAACGUCACCAUGUACGAUGGGAGGGACGCUUGUGGCGGCGACGGAUGGAGAGUUGACGACGUUUCAGCGGCUGAAAAUUCCGAUAGGACGAUCCAUCAGAAUGGAACUCACGGCGAAACUGCCGAAUAUUAUUCGCUAUUGACUCAGCUCAAACCUUACACACAGUACGCGUUCUACGUCAAGACUUACACAAUUGCUACCGAGAGGUCUGGCGCGCAGAGCGACUUGCAUUACUUCACCACUGCCCCAGACGCACCUAGUGUGCCCAGGUCUCUUUACGCCUACAGCAAUGCGAGCAACGAGCUUGUCAUAACGUGGGAGCCACCGCUUCAUAAGAACGGAAAUCUUACCCACUACAGAAUUGUCGGGCGAUGGGAGAAAGAUGACAGAGCUUUUCUCGAUCAGCGAAAUUACUGUAACGAGCCCUUAAUCAUUCCGGAGACGAAACCAAUGACAACGCCGGAAGAGGAAGUGCAUCCUAAACCAACCGAGAAUAAGACCCCAAGUUCGACGACAACUGGAGAUGAGAUAGAAUCCGAUGAAUCAAAGUGCAAGUGUAUCGACAACAAGGAUCUCAGGGAAAAAGAGGUUUCGAGUUCUAUAGCGUUUGAGGACGCACUGCACAAUCAGGUAUACGUAAAACGACCCUCGAAUGAACGCAGGAGACGCGAUUUGAGCGAGAUAGUCAGGACGAGUAAUAUUUGGCAGGAUCAAAAUGCCUCGUACUCGUACCCUGAGGAGAAAGAAAACACUAUGAUGGAUGACAUGGUGAACGGUUCCAUAAGCUUAUUCAACAGAACUGUCUACGGACAGACGAUUUAUGCUGUGAAAAAUUUGCGCCACUACGCUGUUUACACUAUCGAGGUACAGGCGUGCAGAGAACCAGUCCCUAACGAAACCCAGAGCAACUACUGCUCGACGAAAAGUAUCAAAACUGCCAGAACUGAGCCGCUGAUAUCAGCCGACGACAUUCCGAAUAAUACUUUUGACCUGGAAGUUAUAACCGGAAACAACAGUCGCCCAUUGGUGAAACUGAGCUGGGAGGAGCCGCCCGAUCCGAACGGUUUGAUUGUCACGUAUCAGAUUGAGUACAAAAAGGUCGAUAUUCAAAACGUCAAGGCUAUGCUCAUUUGCAUACCUUGGCGAAAAUUCGUGGACGACGGACGCGUUCACGUUUUGAAUGCGCUACCGUCCGGAAAUUACUCCCUAAGACUCCGAGCGACGAGUUUGUACGGAAAUGGCGCUUACACGGUGACGAAACACUUUUACAUCGAGGAACUUAACGCCGGGGGAGCCCAUCCAUACUUGUGGCCCCUCCUGAGUGUUUUUAUCCUGACCAUUUUAAUUCUGGGCGGUGGAUACGCGUUGAAACGAAAGUUUAUGCCGAAUUCUUCGGAAAUGCGACUUUUCGCCACCGUCAAUCCUGAGUACGUUAGCACCGUCUACGUACCCGAUGACUGGGAAGUUCCACGAAAGAAAAUAGAACUGCUAAGGGAGCUGGGAAAUGGAUCCUUUGGCAUGGUCUACGAGGGUGUCGCCAAGGACGUUGUCAAGGGAAAACCGGAGGUCAAGUGUGCCGUAAAGACGGUCAAUGAAAACGCCACGGACAGAGAGCGCAUAGAGUUCCUCAACGAGGCUUCGGUCAUGAAGGCGUUCAACACUCACCAUGUAGUGAGAUUGUUGGGCGUUGUAUCGGUCGGUCAACCGACGCUUGUAGUUAUGGAGCUUAUGGUGAACGGAGACCUUAAGACCUACCUAAGAAGUCACAGACCGGACGUGUGUGAAAACUUUUCCAAGCAGCCUCCGACUUUGAAGCGGAUAUUGCAGAUGGCGAUCGAGAUCGCCGACGGAAUGUCUUAUUUGGCGGCGAAAAAAUUUGUCCACAGAGAUUUAGCGGCGAGAAAUUGCAUGGUUGCCGAAGAUAUGACCGUUAAGAUUGGCGACUUCGGUAUGACCAGAGACAUAUAUGAGACUGAUUACUACCGCAAAGGCACCAAAGGACUAUUACCGGUUAGAUGGAUGGCACCGGAAAGCUUGAAAGACGGCGUUUUUACAAGCUACUCAGACGUCUGGAGCUACGGAGUAGUUUUGUGGGAAAUGGUUACUCUCGCCUCGCAGCCUUACCAGGGUUUGUCCAAUGAUCAGGUUCUUCGCUACGUUAUCGACGGUGGCGUUAUGGAGCGGCCCGAAAAUUGUCCGGAUUCGCUGUACAACUUGAUGAGGCGAACAUGGAAUCACAAGCCGAAUCAGAGACCGACGUUCAUCGAUAUUGCUACCAUGCUCUUGACUGAGGUUAAUGUCGAGACGUUUGAAAGGGUCAGCUUUUAUCACUCGGCCGAAGGAAUCGAAGCCAGGAAUCAGAACGCUUCUCAUUCGCCGCAGACGGACAAGGAUUUGGAAAUGGAAACGCUGCGCAACCUCCAAGACGAAGAGGCAGAGCAUGAGGGAAGUGAAGAGUCACCGUUGAGAGAGGACUUUGGAGAUUUUGCUAGCUUUGAACCGUCUGGUCAGAAUUCUAUAAAGAUUAGUUCGAAUCCUAUAUACGGAGGUACGACGCGUAACGAUAAUUCAAAGGUGUCGCCCAAUUUUCAUGAGUUCAAUUCGUCAAAGGUGCCGUUGAAGGCUGACUUUGAUGACUUUGAGGGGGCCUCGAUGGAAUCGUUGAGAUCGAGUCGAGAUACGUUGGAUUUACCGUUUGCCGAGGACAGUUUAAAGUCCGUUAAAAAUUCACCCUUCGUCGACAAGAGAAACAAUUCGCGCGUAAAUUUGACCGGCGAUAAUUCCGUUUUAGGUAAAAACUCCCUCAACCCCGAUAACGUUGCUAAGAGAAAUUUUUCGGAGAGUCCGAGAUUCUCUACAAUAAAGAACGAAGAUCCCGACUACGAGAACAAAGUUCCCGAAGUUUUUGUCACUUCUGGCGAUACGAUAAAGAACACUAACGUUCAUCGCGUUGAAUUUCCGUCUAUAGACGGAAUUGAUGAUAAAAAUAUUAAUGACAAUGGAGGAAAUAAGUCCAAAAUUGAUUAUAAAAGUAAUAAUAAACAAGAAGGCUUAAAUAACGGUUAUAUUAGCGGUAAGACUACACAGUGUUAACAGAUCGCGGUACGGCGUUCCUUGGCUGAUUUCGUUUCAUAUUUUUUUUCCAGGCAACACAUUUUACGAUGCAGAUUUAACGAGAAGCAAAACGAAAAAAAAAAAAAAAAAAAAAUAAUACAAAAAUGAAUGACAAGAAAAAUAAUAUCUUUUCGUUAUUUUUACAAUGAAAUUCCGUUUUUUCGAACUGAUUAUCGCGCGUGUUUUGUUACCUCGCAGCCACGGUUGCACGCGCGUAGAACCAGGACAUCUCAGGAUAAUUGAAUACAAAUUAUUAAAAUAAAUGAAUUAACAAUUGUUUUUUUUUUUUCUUAAUAAUUAUUAAUGAAAAUGUAAUACAAAGAAACUGACAUGUACGAGCUCUCGAAAUUGAGCUCGCUACGAAGUCGCUGUAGUUUCGAACGAUCUUCUGCGAGAUAUGUAGGAAAGAGAAGGAAAAAAACAAAAAAAAAACUAGAAAAAGAAGAAGAGAAGAAAACUAAUAACAAUAAUAAUUAUCCUUUGGUAUUUUGCUCUUGUUUUGUUUAAUUGUAAUUUUUUUUCAAUUAAUAAUAAGCUGUAUCCAAAUAUAAUCUAAAUUAUUAUUCAGUAAUACAGUAAGCGAUUAGGAAAAAAGAACGUUAGGGCAACAAAAAGAAAUGUUACUAAUAUUAACAGUAAUAAUAAUGAUAAUUAUAUUAACGAUAAUAAUAAUAAUAUUGAUAAUAAUAACAACAUGAAUAAUAUUUUUUAGUGUAAUCAAUUUAAAUUUAUUGUAAACUCUUUCUCGCGUAUGGAUAUCCUAAUAUUAAAUUUAAUUCCUAAGAAUGCGUAAAACUAGAUCGUUCGAAUACUACCAGAGACGUAAAUUAAGUUUUGGGGCAACUCUAGCGAUAAAAAUAAGUUCUGAUUGCGCGGGUGCCUUUUUUUUUUCUUUCGUAAGUUGGGAAAAUAAUUUUUAAUCUUUCGUUUCUACGAAAGGAUGCGAAACUAAGAAAAAUAUAAUAUCACAGCCGAUCCUUCAAUUGUUUGCGGUUCGAUUCAACGUCCUGCAACGGACUACAAAGCAUUUUCAACUUUAUGUAAUAAACAAAAAAAAAUAGAAACUGUGUCUUGGGAGAGAGAGGCAGAGAAAGAGAGAGGAAGAGAAAGGUGUGAGAGAAGAAUGUAUAAGUGUGACAGACCGAAGGAGAGGCAGACAAAUAGAAAAAAGAGUCAUAGAGAAAACUUGCAAAGAUUCCGUUGAUGAUAAGAUUAAUUUGUGGCGUAGAGAUUGUUUUUGUUCCAAAUUUUCCACUUCGUUUUUCUUCUCCCUAUUCUCUGAUUUUCCUUAGCAACUAGAGAAUGCAAAAACAAGAACAAAAAAAAAAAAAAAAAAAAUAUGAAGAGAAAAAAUUGUGGAUGGUCGUUUUUUCGUUGACCAAAAUAAUAAUGGCAGCAUCAAUAGUCGCAUAUACAAUACAUAUAGAGAUGAAAAAUAAUCUAGUGUGACGAUCAAGUCGAUGUUAAACUCUGCUGUAAACGUCAAACCCUUUAUUGUAUUAUAAGUAUAGAAACUUCAGCGUUUUAUCUAUGACGAGAAACAAGUUUUUUUUAAAAUUAAUAACUGAAUCCUCUUCACUGGUUUCCAAGUAAUACAAAAAUUGUAGUUGAAAAUGAGAUUGAAAAGAAAACAAAAAACAAGUACAAAACUUGAUCGUCACUCUUCGAUAUGUUGUUACACCGUUAGGUACAAUAGUUUAUAGACUCUAAUGGUUAUUAGUAUGUUGACAAGUAUCAAAUCAGGAUCGUUCAGAAUAAGUUUUAGUUAUUUAUUUUCAUUCCAUAAAUUUUAAACUCGCACUGACAAUAGUAGACGUUGAAAUUAUAAAUGAUUUUUCGGCAACGAUUAAUAGUCUACUAAUAAGACUGAAGAGUUUUAUAUCACGAUGAAAAAUUUCAAUUCACGGCUCUUACAAACCCGAUUAUUCGUUAGUUAUUAACAAAAAUACACCUGCCCCUAGCCAUCAAUUGUUCUCAGUAUUUUUAUUUAUUUAUUUAUUUUUUUUCUUCUCAUCUACUGCGUUAGGUCUCGAAUAACUUUACCCAUGUGGAAUAAUAUUCGCUUUAACAUGAUUGAAUUCAAAAGUUCAAUCAAUUUCUACAGCACGGCUUGAGAGUUACUUGUUGAAAUAAUAAUACUAAAAAAAAAAAGAAAAACAAAAACUAAACAGACAAUAGAACUAUUAAGAUAUCAAAGAUUCUAUUUAUUACAUAUAACUUGUAUUAAUUUAUAAUAUUAUUAUUAUUAUUAUUAUUAUUAUAUAUACAUAAAUAGCUUUACACCAUACUCGCAUUGUCCUGAACAAAUCCGAAAGUUGUGUCAUUUUCCUCGCUACAAUGGUUACGAAAGAAGGCAUAUUGUUUGCUAAAAUGGCGGAGAGACUUGCAACACGUAGGCGUUGUCACUGAAUGUAUAAGAUUUACAGGAAGAAAACUUGUAUCGACUGUUAUUAAUAGAUUAUUAGACUUGACACGAAGUAACUCUCAAACUGUUUCGUUCGAGUUGAAUGAUAGUUGAAUUACUAAAUUUUUCUGAACCGUCCUGUUUUCAAUGGUCGUUACCGACGAGAGAAGCGGAGACUGUCAUAGCCCAAUGAGAGCCAAGAUUGACGUCAGGAAUGAGAUAUUAAAAGAUGUUUGCGAGGACAAAAUAUUUAUAAUACUAUAAUGUCUGUUGAAAAAAAAAAUCUUUGAAGUAAAAGAAAAUAGAAA